CAUGAUGCGCAGACAACACGACGGGAGAGCUUUUAUAAGUCCUAGAUUUUACAACGACGCGACAUACUCGAUAGGCGCAGCAUUGAGCCAUAUUGGAGGUUCUCCCUGUUCGCACAAGGAGAUUGCUGUCGACACCAUCUGGGGUCUUCGGACGCAUUAUAGACAUGGCUACCGCCGCUUCUGCGGCAAUGCCCUUUUCAGCCCUGUUGGUGGUUCUCUGGACGGUGGCUGCGUUGUCAACGGCAGCGACCGGUCCGCUGGAGUCGGUCUGCGUGCGCGAGGGCUCGGCCUCGGUGCACCUGUUCUCACUCGGCUCGCUCAACGACACCUCCCCGCCGGUGCCCCUCUCCCGCUACGCAGGCAAGGUUCUGCUCCUGGUCAAUGUGGCCACGUACUGAGGCUUCACCACCCUUCAGUACCACCAACUGAAUGCACUGGCGGAGCGGUACGAGGGGAUGCUAGAAAUCCUGGCCCUUCCCUGCAACCAGUUCGGUCUGCAGGAACCGGGCGAAAACGAUGAGAUACUGAAUGGAGUCAAAUACGUACGGCCCGGAGGUGGAUUCGAACCCGCUUUCCCGGUCUUCGCCAAGAUCGACGUGAACGGCAAGAAAGAACAUGAGCUGUACACACACCUUAAGAGUGUCUGCCCACCUGUCAAACUGGAAAUCGGCGACAAGUCCAAACUUUACUGGUCGGACAUCAAAAUCGGAGACAUCACGUGGAACUUCGAGAAGUUCCUGGUUGGAGGAGACGGCCAGGCCUACAAACGCUACGACCCGAGUAUCCAUCCCAAGGGCAUCGAGGCAGACAUCGAAGGCCUGAUCUUGCGGGAGAGGCUCAGAUCUGAAGAGGAACGCCGGGAUUUCGAAGCAUUUCUUCACGAAAAAGUUUAUUAAAAAUCGUCCAAUCCCUGAUAUUUAGAACUUAAAGGCCUGCUUAUGCAUUCGGUUUUGCUACAGAAUUCAAAAAUUUAUUGUUUUUCUUAAAAUCAUAAUUAAACAACGCACACAUUGGUUUCGGAUUCGUGUCCAAUAUGGAUUACUGGGAUCUGUAUUUCUUUUAUUUUUAUUUUUUAUUUAUUUACAAACUGCAGGAAGUUGCUGGAUGAAAUACGUAUUUCUGUUAAAAAAAGUAUAUCCUCGACAUUGCUACAAAACUCGUGUUCAGAAUGAAUUAAUCUUGACUUUAUUUAAAAGCAAACUUGGAAGUAUUUAUCUUAUAAGAUCGAAUUUUAUUGACUAUAUUCUCACGUAGAUGAAUUCUUAUUCUCAUGAAGAUGACUUUUUAUAACCUAAUUCUCGUCCUCGUAAACUUGAGAAUUACUUAAAACAAUUCUAAUAUUAAAACAUAGACCACGGCAAUGAAUUAGGGGAUUUCCAAGGCUGUUGCCGAGCACAGCCGAUGACGAGUCGGUCUUAAACCGCCAUUUUCCGGCGGCAGACCGGACUCCGACGUUCACCAGGACGCGGUGCCUUUGUGCAUUCGGGCAUCCGAUCUUGGUGACUGUGCGAAGGCAUACAGCAACCGGGGAGUUCACACCCGUCCUCAGACUUCCCUCUCCCGUCACAGAAAUGAAAGGAAAUCAGUUUAAUGCAUUCUGUGGUCCAAAUUUAAAGCCAGGUCAGAAUAGUCUGUCGGUGAUAAAGUGGUCUUGACUGUGCAAUAAAAAGGUACACCCUGACCCGAUUGA